GCCUGGUCCCCUUCCUCUCUCCCCAUCAUCCCCACAUCCCCGCAUCCCGCGCCGGCCGCUCGGGCUGAGGGCCGGGCUAUGCAGCUGUGGGGACCCGGGGGCUGCGGGCGCGCGUCCCUGCGGCGGCGUCCCCGGGCCCCGCGUCCCGUGCGCCCCCGCGCCCGCUGCGGGCGCCUGCUCCCUCCGCCGAGCGGCGUCUUUGUGUGCGGGGGUGUGGGAGGCGAGCGCGAGUCCGCGCAGCGCCGCCGAGUGCCCGCUCCCUCCCAGGGCGGGUGGGGGCCUCUCCGCGCCGCCCGCCGCCGCCGCCUCGCGAGGACGCCCGUCGCCCGCGCCGCCCGCACCGCGCCGGGCGCGCCGCCCCCGCCCGCCGCCGCUCGCACAUGCCCGAGCCGCAGCCCCGCGAGCAGGCAGCGCCGGCCCCCCGCCCCGCGGCCCCGGGCCCCGGCUCCGGCGCCGUCCCUCCUCCCCGGCCGGGCGCCGUGGCCCCGGCAUGAGGAGCGGGCGAUGAUCCCCGCCAACGCCUCCGCCAGGAAGGGGCCCGAGGGCAAGUAUCCGCUGCACUACCUCGUGUGGCACAACCGCCACCGCGAGCUGGAGAAGGAGGUCCGCGCGGGCCAGGUGGACAUUGAGCAGCUGGAUCCCCGCGGCCGGACUCCCCUGCACCUGGCCACCACGCUGGGGCACCUUGAGUGUGCCCGUGUGCUCCUGGCGCACGGCGCAGACGUGGGCAGGGAGAAUCGCAGCGGCUGGACAGUGCUCCAGGAGGCUGUGAGUACCCGGGACCUGGAGCUGGUGCAGCUGGUGCUUCGGUACCGGGACUACCAGCGGGUGGUGAAGCGGCUGGCGGGCAUCCCCGUGCUCCUGGAGAAGCUGCGCAAGGUGAGGCCCAGCCUCUCAGCCUCCACGGGAGCCCUUGAGCCCUUCUCCAGUGCAGACUUAGCCUCUCUCCCCUUCGUCCUCCAGGCCCAGGACUUCUACGUGGAGAUGAAAUGGGAGUUCACUAGCUGGGUGCCCCUGGUGUCCAAGAUCUGCCCUAGUGACACCUACAAAGUGUGGAAGAGCGGCCAGAACCUGAGGGUAGACACCACACUCCUGGGCUUUGACCACAUGACCUGGCAGCGAGGGAACCGCAGCUUUGUCUUCAGGGGCCAAGACACAAGCGCCGUGGUCAUGGAGAUUGACCACGACCGCCGGGUGGUGUACACAGAGACUCUGGCACUGGCUGGGCAGGACCGGGAGCUGCUGCUGGCUGCUGCUCAGCCCACUGAGGAACAGGUGCUGAGCCGGCUUACCGCGCCCGUCGUCACCACUCAGCUUGACACCAAGAAUAUCUCCUUUGAGAGGAACAAGACUGGCAUCCUGGGCUGGCGCAGUGAAAAGACGGAGAUGGUGAAUGGGUAUGAAGCUAAGGUGUAUGGGGCAUCUAACGUGGAGCUCAUCACCCGCACACGGACAGAACAUCUUUCAGAACAGCACAAGGGCAAGGUCAAAGGCUGUAAGACACCUUUGCAGUCCUUCCUGGGAAUCGCUGAGCAGCACGGGGGCCCCCAAAAUGGGACCCUGAUCACUCAGACUCUGAGCCAAGCCAACCCCACUGCCAUCACUGCAGAAGAAUACUUCAACCCCAACUUUGAGCUGGGCAACCGUGAUAUGGGCCGCCCCAUGGAACUGACCACCAAGACACAGAAUGUCCCUUACCCCUUGGGAUCUGGUGGGGGCAGGUUCAAGGCCAAGCUGUGGCUGUGUGAGGAGCAUCCCCUGUCCCUGUGUGAGCAGGUGGCCCCCAUCAUUGACCUCAUGGCCGUCAGCAAUGCGCUUUUUGCCAAGCUCCGGGACUUCAUCACCCUGCGUCUGCCUCCUGGCUUCCCAGUUAAGAUUGAAAUCCCGAUCUUCCACAUCCUCAACGCCCGCAUCACCUUCGGGAACCUCAACGGCUGCGACGAACCGGUGCCAUCGGUGCGAGGCAGCCCCAGCAGCGAGACGCCUUCCCCAGGCAGCGACUCCUCCAGCGUCAGCAGCUCCAGCUCCACGACCUCCUGCCGCGGCUGCGAGAUCUCCCCGGCGUUGUUCGAGGCCCCGCGCGGCUACAGCGUGAUGGGCGGCCAGCGGGAGGCGGCGACCCGGGACGACGACGACGACCUGCUGCAAUUCGCCAUCCAGCAGAGCCUGCUUGAGGCGGGCAGUGAGUAUGACCAGGUCACCAUCUGGGAGGCGCUAACCAACAGCAAGCCAGGCACCCACCCCAUGUCCUACGAGGGUCGCCGACAGGACAGGAGCGCCCCGCCCACGCCGCAGCGCCAGCCUGCGCCCCCGGCGUCAGUGCCCAGCCCUCGGCCCAGCUCAGGGCCAGGUUCCGGCGGCCACGUGUUCCGGAGCUACGACGAGCAGCUGCGGCUGGCGAUGGAACUGUCGGCGCAGGAGCAGGAGGAGAGGCGGCGGCGCGCGCGCCAGGAGGAGGAGGAGCUGGAGCGCAUUCUGAGGCUCUCACUGACCGAGCAGUAGCGCCCCCUGCCGGGACCCUCGCCAGCGCCACGCGCGCCACGCCCAGGGCCAGGAGCCAGACAAACCCCGGCCUGCGCGCCUGCAGAGCGGCGGCUGGAGACUGGAGCCACCGCCUCGCGGGUGCAGCAGCACAGCAGGCACGGUUCAGGGAGGGAUUCGGCAUGGCCGCGGGGUACCUUCCCAGGCCAGGGCCCUGGAGGCAACUGGCACGGCCUGAUUCCCCUGCUUUGCUGUAUUCUGAUUCCCCAACCCGCUACCCUGGGCUCAGAUCUGUCCUGUCCUAGGGCGGAGCCAGGCGGUCCUGAGGGGGAGAUGAAUCCUUAGAGGAGCGCUGUCCCUAUCCCUUGCUCCUUCUGGCCGGUCUGCAUUUCUGUUCACUAACCCCACUCCAGGACACUGCCCCUGAAGCCUUUGCAUCUCUGCUCUUCACUCCUGGGGGGCAGCUGAGCUCCCCGCGUGCUGUGUCACUGCUUUGUUCCAGACACAAACCAGCACGUCUAGGGCCCAGCCCCUCCCCCACCCCGGCAUUUCAGCGUCAAGUGCACUUAGCGGGGUACCCGGCUCCCCCAGCCCCCACACCCGUCCUGGGUCUCAGGGUGGUUCCAGCUUCUCCUUGGGCAGCCAGAAGUUGGAGUCCCAUCCCCCAAGGCACAUUUUUUUUUUUUUUUUUUUUGUGACCAGGGAGUGUGUCCAACGUAGCCCCCUGGCCUGUGCAAGCCCUGACUCCCUCAUGGUGCCUCGGAGAGUGGGGAGCAUAUUGGGCUGGGGUAAGCACUAGACCCAAGUAGACUGGACACAAAGGGCUCGCCCAGGGCCCUGGCGCCACCCCCACCCCUUCCCACCAGCUGCUGCUAGCCUCUGUGGUUGUACAUCCCACUUGCCCCCACACGGAGACUGACUCUAAAACCCUUCAUCCAAUGGUGCUAACCCCCGGCUCUCCCCUGCCCCACCUCACCCACCCAGAGAAGCACAGACCCCGCCAGGGGCAGGGGCCCACCGCACACCCUUGUCCCGGGCCUGUCUGGGACUGGCCUUCCCGGCUCAGCCAGUGAGGCUCAGAAGGGACACAAAGAGGGAUGGAAGAAAAGAACAAAGAGAAACUGUUCCUCCCACCCCCUUCCCUGAUGCCAGGGGCACCAGACUGAUUCUGAGGCACAAAUAAAAGAGGCUUCAUACAGGA